AUGGCAAUGCUCUGGAAAUUCAUGAGAGUAGCUAAGUAUUCUAAAACAGCUUUGUCACCAAAAGUAAAGGUAAGAGGAAUUCCCACCCAUUCAAGGCAUUCUUCAUCCAAGUCUGUACCUUCCGAUUUUGCUCCCAACACGCCCUGCUCUAAUACUGUGGAACUGCUUGGUAAAGCUUACCCUCAGGAUGACUACAGCAAUGUCACAGAAAAGAUUCUGUCCAAGGUGGGGAAGAACUUGCACAACAAAAAGCAUCACCCUUUGUGGCUCAUCAAGGAGCAGGUGAAGGACCACUUUUACAAAGAGUACGUAGGACGCCGUGGGACUCCGCUCUUUUCAGUCUAUGACGGUCUUUCCCCGGUGGUUACAGUACACCAGAAUUUUGAUAGUUUGCUUAUCCCACAAAGCCACGUCAGCAGAAGGAAAGAGGAUAACUAUUACUUGAAUCGUGAGCACAUGCUGAGAGCACAUACGUCAGCUCAUCAGUGGGACUUGAUACACUCUGGCCUGGAUGCCUUUCUGGCUGUGGGCGAUGUCUACCGCCGUGACACAAUUGAUAGCACCCACUACCCUGUCUUCCAUCAGAUGGAAGGAGUUCGGCUCUUCUCCUGUCAUGAGGAGUUCAGGCAUUCGCAUGGAAAGAUUGCAUCUGCCACAAAAUUAAACCAUCAGCAGGAUAUUAUAAUGCAGGAUGGAAUUUCUGCAAACUUAGGUUUGAUUGAUCUAAUUACUGAAAUUAUUGUUAAUGAAUCUGUCCCCUAA